AUGGCACCACCAGUGGGGACCAGCAGCCCGCCCUUCCCUUCGUCGGUGCCUGGUGGCCCCUUGCCAAGGGGCUAUGAAAGGGCUCGUUUCGUGGACGUCCGCAUGGGCAAAGGGGUGCGGGGAUCCCGGGGGACGAACCGCAUCCCCUCCCCGCUGCAGCCGGGUGCUCCUGUCUCGCUGGAACCCCCGGGCUGGACCCCCAUCCCGGCUCACCCCGUGCUGAGCAUUGUCUGGGUGUUGCUGGAGGGAGGGUUGGUUGUUUUCCAAACCCUGGAUAUUGAGGGCUCUCGAGGGCAGCGUUACUCCGAAAUCUCUGGCAGUGAGGAACUGGUUGGGUUUUCCCAGGCGGCCUCGCAGGGUGGCUGCAGCAUGGGUGAAGCUGGUGGGGUUGGGGGCUACCAUGUGCCAAGCGGCCUCGAAACCAUGUCACCGAGUGCCGGGGUCCUGGUCGGGGUGGUCCUGCGCUAUGGCAUCCAUGUCCCCAGCGACGUCAACAACGUGACGCUGAGCUGCCAAGUACAGACCAGUCCUGCCACGCUGCUGGUGAAUGUCAGCGGGAAGUACUAUGAGUACACCCUGAAGGGAGAAAUCAGCGCCCAGGAGCUCAAUAAUGUCCAGGAUAAUGAGAUGCUGAGAAAGGUGACUUUUGAUCCUGAAGUAUUUUUCAACAUUUUGCUUCCUCCAAUUAUAUUUUAUGCAGGCUACAGCUUGAAAAGGAGGCACUUCUUCAGAAACUUGGGAUCCAUCCUGGCAUAUGCCUUUCUCGGCACUGCAAUUUCUUGCCUGGUGAUCGGCUCUGUCGUGUAUGGCUGCGUGGCGCUGAUGAAAGUCACUGGGCAGCUCGGAGGAGACUUCUACUUCACUGACUGCCUCCUAUUUGGUGCCAUUGUAUCAGCUACUGACCCAGUGACUGUUCUUGCCAUAUUCCAUGAACUCCAGGUUGAUGUUGAGCUGUAUGCCCUUCUCUUUGGCGAAAGCGUCCUCAAUGAUGCCGUUGCCAUAGUGCUGUCUUCUUCAAUUGUUGCGUACCAGCCAGCAGGCGACAACAGCCACACGUUUGAUGUCACAGCGAUGUUCAAGUCCAUCGGGAUCUUCCUGGGGAUAUUCAGUGGAUCUUUUGCAAUGGGAGCAGCUACUGGAGUUGUAACAGCUUUAGUCACCAAAUUCACCAAACUUCGGGAGUUCCCGUUGCUGGAGACCGGCUUAUUCUUCUUGAUGUCCUGGAGCACAUUCCUGAAACUGCUGGCCCAAGCAUGUGGCUUUACAGGUGUGGUGGCUGUGCUCUUCUGUGGGAUCACACAGGCCCAUUAUACCUAUAACAACUUAUCUACAGAGUCCCAACACAGAACUAAGCAGUUGUUUGAGCUUCUGAAUUUCUUGGCAGAAAACUUCAUCUUCUCCUACAUGGGACUUGCACUGUUCACCUUCCAGAACCACGUCUUUAACCCUACUUUUGUGGUGGGGGCUUUU